CAGAAUACGGCUGAUUGUUAUUCAAAUCCAACUUUAUGUUUUCAAAUACACAGAAAACACUGGACCCACAUUUUCAAAAAGCUCACAAUCCAAAUCCAACGUAUCAUAAUCGUUCGUUUUUUGUCAAUCUGAAUCUCCUGCGUUUUUCUCUUCUCUACUCGAAUGCUUUCGCCUUCGCAUUCCAGCCAGCCAUUCACAUUCUUCCUCGAUCGACACUCUUCCUCCGGCAACUAACCAAGGCUGCAUGUUGCUUGCCCUUCCGCAAGUUUGAAACUUCUGGGCAAAGGAACUAAUCAGAGUUUGAUGAGGAGCUAAAUAAAGGGGGGUCGGCAGUAUUGUUGGCUAGCCAACAAGACAACCCACUUUUCAGUUGGACUCAGAGCUUGCCCAAAGAGAAGGGCCAUGGGGGAUCUUUAUGUGUGGCUCAUCUCUUUCUUCAUCAUCAUUGCUCUACUCAUCCUUAUUAUUUACCAGCUCAUGUGCCUUGCUGAUCUAGAAUUUGAUUAUGUCAACCCGUACGACUCUUCAACAAGAGUAAAUAGCGUGAUUUUGCCAGAGUUCAUUACACAAGGAGUUUUGUGUGUCUUCUUCUUCCUGACAGGGCAUUGGGUUAUGUCAAUAUUAUGUGGUCCGUAUCUCUUUUACAAUGUGAAACUGUACAUGCAGAAGCAGCACUUGGUAGAUGUAACUGAGAUAUUCAACAUGCUCCAUAAAGAAAAGAAGCAAAGGCUUUUCAAACUCGGUUAUCUUGUCCUCCUCCUGUUUCUUUGCAUAUUUUGGAUGAUUCUGACUGCACUCGAAGAUCAUGACGAUUAAAGGAGAUAAUUGCUUUCUUUAUUGGUGUUUUCUAUGAGUUCUCAGAUUGAUUACUACAACAUGCUAUUUACCCUUUCUUAUAAAAUGUCGUUUUGUAAUUUUGCUGUACAAGUCCAUUUGUUAAGGAGUGAACUUGUGGCACUUUUACAGUGUUUUGUAGUAGCUGCAGCUGCAAGGGAGCUCCUGGGUUGUGUUUUUAAAAAAAAAAAAAAUUAAAUAGGCUAGUUUACUAUUUCCAUGAGUUUACGGAAAUAGGGUGGCUCACAUAUUAGCUCAACUUUGCUACUUGUUUUCAGAGUGAUAUGUAUUGGGUUGUUCAAGUACUUUGUUUAUUAUAUUUGUAUCGAUGAUUAUUAUUGUAAUAAAUGUCUAGUUUAAGAAGAAAGUAAAAACACAA